AUGAUGAUGGUGAUGAUGAAUUCGUUAUCCAUGGACAUGGAAGUAGCGAAAGAGAUAGUUUCGAAGAGAAUUAUUGAAUUGGUGGAUUUUCCUAAAGAAACUGUUGGAGCAGAUGAACGCACGAUGAGUUGGUCGGAUAGACUUCUGGAAGCUAAAAGGCUCCACCUUGAAUUUUAUCGAACUUUCAAUACUAGUCCUCUUCUCCCUUUUUAUUCUGUUAAUUCUCCUCAGAACAUUCUUCACCAUGUUGAUGAUUCUGUUUCAACACCACCGCCCACGGUUGUUCCUCCUUCUCAUACGGAUAAAGUUGAGGAAUGCAAUAUGAGUUCUUCAACGGCUCAGCAGAAUGAGACCAAUAAAACAGUAUCAAUCGGCAGCAAUGUUCUUGUUCCUAUUAUUAUUGUUGAUGACGAAGAUGAUGCAAACAUGAGAGGAGUAGGAGUAGAACAGAGGAAGAAGAUGAAUCUAGCAGAAAUCGAGGAUGAUGAUUUGGCAGGUGCUGAUGCUGAUGAUGAUGAUACAAUCUACUUCAUGGAUAUGGAUGAAUAUAAUAAUAAUAAUAAUAAUGAUGAUUCGAGACUAGGAGAAGGAGGAGGAGGAAGCAGCCUGAUUGUAGAGGAACAUGAGACACCAUUUGAGAUAUAUAGUCCUGUAUUGUUGAAGACAGCGACAUCAAUUACAGUUGAAUCAGAAGACGAUAAUGAAAUAAUACUACCAAAAAAAAGGAAACAAGAGGCUAUCAAAGAAAGCAGCAGCAGCAAAAGAUACAACUUGAGGAAGAGGUGUUGUAAUUGUGCAACAAGGUCGAGUCCAUUAUGGAGAAAAGGUCCGAUGGGAAAAAACACCCUUUGCAAUGCUUGCGGGAUUCGAUACAAAAAAUAUGGACGUCUCACUCCCACUCCCAGAUAG